AUGAAGAACAUGUUGGAUGCAGUCAAACGGUCCAAGGUUGACUCCACGCUAUUCAGCACGACUGAUGGAAAGUCCUUCGAGACCUCAUUUGAAUCAGCAACCUGGAGAAGCGUGCUAGGUGGGCCGGGAGAUACAUUUUGGAACAAAAUCAUAGGCAAAAGGGUGCUUGCGGAUGCACCAGGUUGGUCAGUCGGCACUAAGGCACUGUUGUUCCCAUCCAUGCCCAUCAGGUCAAGUAAAUCGGGGACUGGUGCAGGAGAAGGAGCUGUGGCUGGCUGCACAGUAUUUGAGCUGGCUGGUGAUGAUGUGGCACCAGCAUUGGCAGGAUAUUCCUCCUCCUCUGUUUUCUGGACAGUUUUCACACGUGUCACAAAAGCUUCAGGUGGCUUGUGGUAUACAGAUGACAAUGUGGCGAUGUUGGCAAGAAGCUCGUCUAGGAGAGACGCAUCAAGUUGA